AUGACAACAUCAACGUCCCCCAACCCUGACAAAACCAGCAGCUCCAGAAUCAACACUACAUUCUGGUCUGCUUCUCCGAGUUGGAUUGAGCAUAUACAUUAUAUGAUGGCUACUAUCGAUUCCGUCAACGACGCAAUCUCGGCCGCGGAUCUGUCACCAACUGAACACUUACUCCUGAAGCAUUUUAUCAAAGAAGCAGUCGAGCUCAAACUUACCGCACAGUUCAUAAAUUCAAUAAUUGACCGAGACUCAAACAACAAGGAAGAUAGUUUACGCCGAUUAAAAAAGAUUGGAGGAAGUUGGGUAGCCGGUGUUAUAACAGUUGUUGAGCCUAUUUCUGAGCCACUUGACGCUUUGGAUAGAGAAAGAGAUGGACCAUAUUGCACUAUGUCAAUGUUUCAAGAAAGUAAUACAAGACCGGUGCCGACAUCGGUUGAGCCUAUGCACGUACGCUUACUUCGCAUUCUUGAAACUUUUGUUUCUACAUCUAAUGUGGAUCAGUUGAACACAUUACUUUUUAGUCAGAUUCAAGAUAAUGCAAUUCCCUUGCGUAAUCUCUGGUUACUUUCACCGAGUGUGCAUAAGGCUUUUCGAGCUGGUCACAUAGAAGUGCGGAAGAGUGUCGAUGAUUCUGAAGACAUGGAUAGUGAGGCUCUGCAACUAGAGACGCAUAAGUUGGCAUACAAGUGUCCUGUGCCACUCAAAAAUCUCUCUUUUGGAAAUGGAUUCCACUUUUCUGGAUCUCUGGAAUGGUUUGAAAUACCUAUAACAAAUCCUACAGAUCUUCCUUUGCCAAACAAAUUUAUUUUUGACAUCCACUGCCGUUUUACUACUGCUCUUCACCUUUUCAGCAUCGAGGAUCACAUUCAUCGUGACUGGCCUAAGACUACUAGUAGCAUCUUGCAAAAAUUAUUUGGAUCCCCCAUCAGAACUUUCAAACGAGAUUUUCACAAUUUGUGGUUGUGGGUACCAGACUCUAUACGAUUGCACUGUUACCGUCAUAUGUGGACCAUCGGAAAAUGGUGGUAUGGGCCAGAAGAAGUACAAUGGGUUCACAGAGUUCCUUUUGGACUUUACAUUAAAAAAGCGCAGGGGAUCUCAAAAUGGUUGAGCGAUACACUUCUAUCCCAGCCCCUUGAAGCGUCGAUAUUGUGGAAGACUCAAGCUAAGAUAUUACCUUCUUAG